UAAAUCCAAAAAGCUUUCAUCCCCGGUGCGAUUAUCUGAAUAACGCUAAAAGUUCAGAUCGUUUGAAAAUUUUCAUCUCAGCCAGCCCGAAAGCUCCCUCUCGGGAGGUCAGAGAAUCGCGCGCAGUGGUGUGCGUACAGUAUCGAGGGUCAACGGCGCAGCUGCGAGAGAGUCGCUGAACCGCUCGGUGGCUCUCUGAUGCUCGUCUCUCUUGAACCAGGUCAGGUCUCAAUGAACACUGCAGCGCCGCGUUUACGUGUCGCGUUGUACGCGCGCGUCGACAGGGAGAAGAAUAAAUUGACCGAGUGCACAAGUCAUUAGCUUUUUAUUUUGCUUCUUCUCGGAAGGUGUUGAUGGUCCAUUGUCUACUUUUUUCUGCUUCGAUGUAAAGAAACGUCCUGUAAUACCAAUGCGCAUAAUUGAAAUCGCGGUCACGCAUUAUACGUUUUCGCGAGUUUGGCACGUGUGCCGGGCGCUCGUUCAUCGGCUUUUUGGCGAGUGAAAUUUGCAGUCUAGCAGGUUCGCGAGUGUUUUUGGCGAGAUUGAUCGAAGUGGGUCGUUCGUAUGGCGUAGGCGCGCGGGCGCACACGUGCUGCGAGCGGCCCAGAAAGGGAAACUAUAACUGUACGCGCUGUUGCAUGAUCGAUAUGCUCGCUGUAAUAGAUACACUUGCGAGUUCGGAUACUUUGUUAUCUCUCCGAGCGUUUUGUUGCUUUGUGCCGCUGUGCUUUUGAUUUGCUGAUUUUCGCCGAGAGGUGAGACCGCGGAGGAAAUUCCGAUAAGAAAAUUCGUGUCAAGGCGGUUUACAUAGUUGAUCUCUUUGUCCGCACGCAUCGGAAUAUUUUUAAAUAGUUUUAAAUUUCGCUGCAGCAUUUACGCGUCAGUCUCAAGCUCGUCCUCUUCUAAUUCAAGCUGAGCUUUUCAGCCUGCAUAUCCGCUCGAAAUACUUGCAAAUUCUCCGUCUCACACGUGGCCCCCGCAGCCAUACGAGCGAAUACUUAAACUCUCUCACGUGUGCGCGCAAAUUUGCACUUAUCCGUGCAUAGUUACACGUCGUGUAUGUGCAGCAGCUUUUGAUACUCAAGGCUUCUCUCCGUGUAACACGCUGUAUACGAUGAGCUGUCUCUUAUCGGAUAACGCGUCGCCUUUUUCGCGCUGAUGCGAAUUUUCAGCUCGAUAUAAUGCAUUGGAAUUAUAGUUUCAUGAAAUCCGCGUAUACGGUAUGAUAUCCUCGUUCGUUUUUUAUAUUUUGUUUAUAACUCGCGCGCUUUUGCGAGUCUCUUUUUGUCUAGCGUCGAAAGCGUGUCAGCGAUAAGCCGCCUGUGGCCGUGGUUUAUUGCAAUGUUUUUUUAUCUCCUCUCGUUAGUUCGUUCCUUUUUUUUCACGUGUACAGCACAUAUGGGGCUUGACGCUGAAGAAACACAAGUUGCGCUGAUUAACAAGGGCAUCUGCGGUGUUUUAAUUGAUAAAGCAUAGCGGGAUUGUCUAUGCUCUCUCGUGACAGGAUGAAUAAUCGCGAGAAAUUAUGUUUCGUAUAUGAUCUCGAUGAGUUUGUUUUUUUUUUUAGUUGCGAUGAUUUAUAUUCGCAUCGCAUUAGUGGAAAUAAUGUAUUUUCGUGUCAGAAAAAUAAAUGGCUUACACGAUUACAAUUACAAAAGAAUAAUCGCUUGUAAUAUAACUGAAACGUCAAUCGCACUUGUAAGCCAAACAAAGUUCAUCGAUCCGAGUGACACAAUUUUAAAACGACGCUUUAUUUUAAAAUUAUCUAAACAACCCACGUGCAUUUCAACAACCCCGCGACCCAGAAAUCCCUUCGACCCGUGUCCAACCCUUCGGCCGACCCAGUUUCCAGCGCAGCAGCUCAACCCAACGUUCGCAUAUCGCACACACGACGGGAAAAUUGAUUCGGCGCACGCGGCUGCCCGGAUUUACCCGCAGCCGAGUUUUCCCGCGCAGGCGUGCACCGCUCGGCUAUAUCGAACGCGCACGUGGUGCGCUGCACCUGCUCUCUGCAGCUAUGCAAGAGUCGAUCUGACUGAGCUUCUGGUUAAAUGGUCUGGAGGUCAUCCGGGCGGAGAGGCUUUGUACAGGAUUUUUAUGGGGGUGUAAGGGUUUUUUAGGAAUCUUUUCGUAUCAGGGAUGAGGAUGCAGGUCUACGUUAUGGCGAUCGAUGCUAUUUUUCAAAUGUAGGUCAAUGAAAACUCGGCUGACCUUUGCACUUUGCCCUCUGGCAGUUAAGUUCAUAUUCUUUGCGUACUUAACCGCAUUUAUCGACAGCUCGCUCGCAAUUUUUUCAAAGCCAGUAGCCGAUUGGAAAUGAAGCCAGCACGAUUUUCGAAAUUAUAUCCCUCUUCGAUUCUCGCGCGCGGGAACAACAUACUUUGUGUCUCGUUUGCGAAACAGAAAACAACUCGUACUUUCUCGAUUUGUUGCGUCACGCGCGCACGACGUCGAUUAUAAUUGGAGCUCACCGGUACAAAAUACAGCUCUCGUUAUAACAACGAUCACUCGUCGAAACGAUAUGAUACAGUAUACAGUCGGGAGAUCACUGCGAGUAAAAGCAUUACGGAUGCAAAUUGCAGCCCGAAAAUAAUUCUACGUCGCGCGCGCGCAAAAGAGCUUAUUUUUGCGUAUACGCGUGUGGCGCAACAAUUCGAUCCGCCGCGAUAUAAUCCCCCUCGCGAAAGAAAAACAAAGCUAUAUUUAGUUUAUCUCAGCGAGAGAGUUGCGCCCGUGGUAACGGAAAUUGCUGAUGCAUCGUCCUAAAAUUACUCUCUGGGCAUAUUACGUCGCUCCUAACAGUUUUCAAAAUCUCCCCAGCACACAUACACACACACUCGCUAAAUCAUAUCCGCACGCGGUUAAUUAAAACGGUCGCACAGGCGGCAGCUGCGUUCGCUUCAUUAAUAAACAAUCAAAAUUCGCUUCGUCCUGUAAUUACACCUAUAUAUACAGCACUGAGAGCGGGGCGCCUUCAGGCACACAGACACACACACACGGCCGUGUUAUUUGCCGAAAAAGAUGAGCCAGAGAUACGCGCCGCGUGAUUGUCCAUAAUUUGCGGUGGGCGUCCGGGCAUAUGCGCAAUCUGUUAUUACGCGAGCGAGCGAGAGAGGACCUCCUCGCGUGUAUGCACACACGGCGCUUCCCUACUGUAUCUCUCUCUGCAGUCCGAUCAUGUACACGAUUCGCUGAGGUAAUUUUUGAUCCAGCUUCCUCUCUCUCUCUUGAGCUGCGCGUUUUGCUUAUGGGAGAGCUUUUAAUGAGACUCUCUGCGCGAAGGGGAGUUGUACACGUGCACGGCGUUUAUUGAUCCGUUCGGUUGUACCGACUCUGCAGCAGUGGGCUGAUUCGAUAUUCGGGUCGACGCUCUCGACGAUCAUGCUGGAUGUGUGUAUGGGAAAGGGCUGCAGGAUAUAUUCGAUUUAAGGAGCUUGUACAGCGCGCGCAGAGCGUCUCCGCUGGGAAUUGGAAAAUUUGAUUGAUGUACAUUGCUUGUCGCGCGGGGAAAUUAGUUUAGGGGAUUGAUUGGUUUGAUCCGUUUUUUUUUUGUUGAUGAACAUUCUAGAGAAGAACAUUGUACAACUAUAUUGCAGAAUUCAAAACUUCAUCCCUCGUACUGCUGAAUACGGGAGCUGAUUGGAAUUGGGGCGUAACGAUCGAUCGCCCUAAUUCCCGGUGACUGCACCGUGUCGUAUACCGUCUGACUUCCCACUGUUUUGUCCUACACUCGUGCAUCAACCCCAGAAGACACAUUUUUUUUUAAAUAAAACACAUUCCAAUAAAAACAGACUCGAGAGGCUGAAUAUACAACGAACGCGAAUAAAACGCGAGAUUAGAUUAAGCCUUAUAUGCCUGCACUGUAUAUAAAGUUUAAUUCGAUUUACGCUUUACUAGCAGCGAACUCAACAAUAUACCGAUCUGUAUCAAAACACGCGCGCACGCGUGCGCGCUGCCAAUCGAAUUCUUUUAUACCCGACUUUUAACGCUCUCUCGGCAAUAAAAAGCGCCGAUAUAUGAAGCGGACUCUCCCGGUGAGCGUCAUUUCAGCCUGUGAAGCAAUAGUCGGCAACACGAUGGUCUCAGACCAAACCAAAGUUCUCCUCACCGUUGGCAUCGCGAUGCUGAUGGGAUGUCCGAGUGCGGAAUCGGUAAGUGUUACCGAUCUGCUGAGCUCGAUCUUGGAGACGCUGAAGAGCAUCGAGGGUCUGAUGAAGUACGAGUCGUCGGUGGUUCCCCAAUUCCUCCCCAAGAUGCUCGGCGACGAGUCGGGCAACUCGGAGGCUACGAAAGCCCUUCUCAAGAAGCUCCAGGAGAAGUACAUAAAGAACGCGGUGAAAUCCGACCAAGAGAUCGUGAGCGAUCAUAAGGCUCGUCGAAGCUUCAAAAAAGCCGAAGCUUCAAACGACGACGACGACGACGACGACGAUGACAAACCAGCCGAGCCCAUAGACAUCCAGCUGCCCUCCAGACGAGAACUCGACGCCGAGAGGAGGAAGAAGAAGCUAAAGGACUCCGACUCGUCCAAAGAAGAUGGGGACGAGGAAGAGGCUGACGAGGCGUCCGAAGAGAAGAAGAUAAACUAUCGGACCCAUAGUCGGGACGACAAGUCACCCGAGGUCACUAACGCCAGAAGAACCAUGAGUAGCAAGACCUCGAGCGGCGAAGACGACGACAACGACGACGCCUCGGAGUUGGACAACAACGACGCGGCCGACGCCAGAAGAAGCUUCUCCGCCCCGUCGAAACCCAACGAAACCUCGUCCGAGCUGGAAUUGGACUCGGACGAGUAGAGCUAUAAGCUGUAGAUACUGUAAUUGUGAUUCGAUGAAACGUUUAUACGAUGUAGGGAAAAUUUUGGAAAUAAAUUUGUCGAUAGUGGCUUGAAUUACGGAUCCAGUA